AUGGAGGGGAAACCCGGCCUGCACGGCCACCAACGGAUCACCGGGCACCUCACCUUUCCACUGCUCGCAGCCACCCUGCUGGCUUCCUUCGGCUCCUCCCUGCUUUAUGGCUACAACCUGGCAGUGGUGAACUCGCCGGCUGUGCACAUCAAGGCCUUCUACAACGCCACCUGGUCCCAGCGCUACGGGCAGAGCCCGAGCCAGGACCUGCUCACCGUCAUGUACUCGCUGACCGUCUCGGUCUUUGCCCUGGGCGGGCUGGUGGGCUCGUUUCCGGUGGGGAUGCUCGUGACUCGAUAUGGGAGGAACGGCACCCUUGUGCGGAGCACGCUGCUCGUCUUCCUGGCCGGCGCCCUGAUGGGCUUCAGCCGCUACCUGGCGUCGCCCGAGAUGGUCAUUGUCGGCCGCUUCGUCACGGGGCUGCAUUCAGGCAUCUGUCUCAGCGUGGUGCCCAUGUACCUGGGCGAAAUCGCCCCCAAGAACCUGCGCGGCUUCCUGGGCCUGGUGCCCAGCAUCUUCAUCUGCCUGGGGGUCUUCUCGGCGCAAGUCCUGGGCCUGCCGGAGCUGCUGGGGGAGGACGGAUACUGGCCUCUCUUCCUGUCCCUGGUGGUCAUUCCAGCCUCCCUGCAGCUCCUUCUGCUGCACUGGUUCCCCGAGAGCCCCCGCUACCUGCUGAUUGAGAAGAACAACGUCCGGGGGGCCACGGAUGCGCUGCGCUGGUUCCUGGGGAAGGACGACGUGCGGGACGUGCUGGAGGAGAUGCGGGAGGAGCAGCGCUCGCUCUCCUCCCUGGAGACCAUCUCCGUCUGGCAGCUCCUGCGGGACGGCUCCGUGCGCUGGCAGACCCUCUCCGUGGUGGUGAUCAACAUGGGCAUGCAGCUAUCCGGGAUCGAUGCGAUCUGGUUCUACACCAACACCAUCUUCCAGCACGCCGGCAUCCCGGGACCCGAGAUCCCCUACACCACCGUGGGCACGGGCGCCAUCGAGGUGCUGGCCGGCCUGCUUGGCUGCUUCACCAUCGAGAAGCUGGGCCGGCGGCCGCUCAUCAUCAUCGGCUUCUCCUUCAUGGGCUUCUGCUGCGCUGGCAUCACCUUGGCCCUGGUGCUGCAGGCUACGGUGCCCUGGAUGCGCUACCUCAGUGUAGCCUGCGUCAUCGGGAUCAUCGCUGGCUUCUGUAUGGGACCAGCUGGUGUGCCCUUCCUGAUGACUGCGGAGCUCUUCAAGCAGUCACACCGCCCCGCUGCCUACAUCGUGGGGGGGUCCCUGAACUGGCUCUCCAAUUUCACCGUGGGCUUCGUCUUCCCCUUUCUACAGAUGUCAGCCGGCGCCUUCUGCUACCUGGUGUUCUGCGGGGUCUGCGUGCUGGUGGCGCUCUACGUCUACCUCGUCAUCCCCGAGACCAAGAACAAAACGUUCGUGGAGAUCAGCCAGAUCUUCGCCGCCCGCCGCCCCUUCCUAACUGCCCCGGCCAGCGCCGUGAAGAUGGUCCCGCUCGGCGGUUACGGGGCCUUGGAGAACGGCUCCCUGGAGCUCUCGGGGUCCAGCCGGGCGUGACCCACCCCAGCAGCCGCUGGACUACUGCCUCUUCGCUCUGUUGUGGCACCCCAGCCCUGGCGGGUCAGGCCGGGA